AUGAGUGCACAAACUGAAAUUCAAAUAGUUCAAGGACAACUUCUUCGUUAUAUGCCUUUAACAACAAUUGUAAUUGGUACAAUUGGUACAUUUAAUAUUCAACCUCCAGAAUCUCAAUUGGAUUUAUAUUGUAAAAUAAAAACAUUCUUAACUUAUAUUGGCUUAGCUUCUUCAGCAUGGUUUAUAGUUGGUGCAUGUGCUGAUCGUUAUGCAUCAAGUGCUGCAACUGUUCAUAUACGAUCAUUUAGUCAAGUGAAAGUAGCUCGUCGUGUUGUUUUAAUCAUAUCAACUCUUGUUUUUCUUGAUUAUUUUCAAAUGAAUUUCUGUUUUUAUGGAGCCAUUCAAGCAGCUAAUUGUUCUACAGUAUCAAGAUUUUGUAGUGUGUGGAAUGAUUAUAAUUUACUUAUAACUUUUAGUUUACUACCACCAAUAUUAAUGUUCAUAUUUGGUUGGUUGACAAUUCGAAAUGUUCGUACUACUGGACAUUUACGACCACAGACAAGUGUUAAAGAUCGACAGUUAACCACGAUGCUUCUUAUUCAAGUUAUUAGUACAGCCAUACUUACACUACCAAUAUCAAUUCAAAAACUUUAUUCAGAAAUCACAUUGAAUCAAGUGAAAAGUCAACAAUCCAAACUAAUCGAAAGUUUCUUUGCUACUUUUGUAGUUUUAUUAGCUUUGAUGAAUACAUCAACAUCAUUUUAUUUAUUUACACUGACUGGAAAGAUCUUUCGAAAAGAAUUAAAAAAUAUAAUUUGUUCAAGACAAAGACACGCUACGAUUGAACCAACAAUGGCGACGACGAACGCUAAAAAAUAA